AUGAUUCGUUUGGAGCAGUUGAAGUUAAUGUGAGGUUAAUUAUAACGUUAUUUUUGUGAUUGUUUCAAAUGUCAGUUGCAAAUGAUAAGCGAGGAGAGGGGGCAAUCUUGGUUUAUAUUUAAUGCGUUUCUCGAAUUUUUGUUCAAAUUUAGUAUUGUUUUGUCGGUUUUAUUGAGCUAUCAAUGUAAUGUAAGGUUUAUUUUAUAGUUAUAGUCGAAACUUUAAAGGUUAAAGGGAUGUUAAUAUUAUUUUUGAACUUUAAGAAAAUUUUAAAAAUUUUUAUGAAAUUAAAUAAGGUUUAAUAGAAAUUAGAUAUUAAUUUGAGCUUUUCUAAAUUUUUUAAGCUAAAGAUAGUAAAUCUGACUUUAAUACAAGCUUAAAUUUUUAUAUCUCAUAAUAUUUUGUUGUAGGUUGCCUAACGGUUCGAACGGAGACAUUAAAACAACCGACGAAUCUCGUCGCAACCAUUGCGGUGGUACUCCACCUGUCAUAGUAGUAACUCAGCCAGGUUCUCAGCGUAGUUCGAGAGGAUCUCCAGUCAUGAGUUCAGUAAUGGAUCCAUUGUUGUAUGAUGAAAGCCCCAUAAGCAAAGACAGACGUCAGUUCCUGAUCGUAUGUGUAUUUGACUCUGUGUUAACCACAAUGCUAUGGCUGUUGAGUACUGUAAGUUAUUUUUUCUUGAUUUAUCUUACUUUCAAAUUUAGGAGUUUCUUAUAAAUAGUAGAUCUUUUGACAUUUUUAUAAAGUUUUUGUUACUUGUUGUUUUUGUUGAUGUUAAUCUUACAGUAAUUGAUAUUUUCAUUUCAAUAAGUUUAUGAUUUAUAAGCUUUAUUGUAAGCAGUGUCUCAAUAGGAAACAUAAUAUUAAUAUAUACAAUGGACUAGAGUUCUAUUAACAGUUGUCUGUUAAUUACCAGUUAUUAACUUAAAACAUGUACAUUCAUGAGAUUUUGAGUAGACGGAUAAAUGCAAUAAUAUAAGUGUUGUAGCGUGUCCUAGUUUAUAUCGUCUUUCUCAAGUUGUGUUGCCUUCUUCUGCGUGAUCUUCUUCUGAAAUAAAAGAGGUUACUUUUGGUUAUUGGGCUGUUAUUUUAUGUUUGGAAAGACUUGUUUAUGAUGACUAAAGGUUGUUUUUUAACCGCAUGUUAUGAAAAUUUAAAAAAUUUAAAACAUGAAAGUUCAAAAGUACAAUUUUAAUGUUUUAGGUAACGAAAGGCGACGAUUGGCCAACGAUAUUCUUCAACGAAAUUAACUUAUUUGAACCCAACUUUCUCAAGAUCUCUUUAUUUGACCUUGUUAUAGUAGGUGUCUUAAGAACGGCCCUACUACUACUAUUCUUCGCCGCCUUAAGAACCGACCACUGGCUACCAGUAGCUUUUACAACUACAGUAACUACCGGGUUCAUAGUGGUAAAAAUAUUAUUUUUCUUUAAAAAGGACCACGGUGCCCUCCCACAGUACCUGGUUCUUCUGGCGUCCUUCUCUGUAGCUUGGUUCGAACUUUGGCUGGUGCCGUUCCGUGUGUUACCAGGGGAAAGACGAGGACAUUCUGAUGAUUCUGAAGCUUCUGUACGACAUUCAGACGCUACGUCUUCUGGUUUUCGGCGGAAUAAGCGAAUCAACGCGAAUACAAGGUGAGAUCCAAAGCUUUUUACCUGAAAAUUUUUUAUUUACUGAUUUUAAAAUACUGCUCUUUUUACUGUUUUUUGGCCCAAGAAUGAGGUUUUUGUUUGCUGACACGAUAAUUUGGACAAAAAAUGUUAGAAAUCUUUUUGUAUUCAUAGCUGUUUAAUUGGUUUUUUGUAUUUUUGCAUUUGAAUGUUAACGAAAAGUUGUAAAUUAACUUUGGAGGAUGUUAAAAUGUGACUUUAUUCUCAAUUUCAGAAGGUAUCCAGCUACUACGGACGAUGAUUUUAGAUCCGCACUGGAAUAUACAACUGGUAAGUUGCUUUUUACAUAAACUUUUUUGGGAGGGGUAAUUUUCAAGGGAGACUUUUUAUUUUUUUUCAAGGGAGGUUCAUUUUAAAACUUUAAAACGGAAACUUACUUUUUCUUUGAGUGGAUUAGGGAUACCAUGCUUUCUCUCUUUCUCUUUCUUUUUCGCUUCUUUUUUCUCUUUCUUGGCUUGCUUCCUCUUUUCCUUCAAAUACAGUACAUGACGGAAGUUUCUACCGUAUUUUCUUCCCAUUCUGAGCUCAUACAAAAUCUGUGCUCUUCUUUCGUCAACCGAAUAUACCUUAGGGGGCUUCAUGUUUGAAUAAUAGCUUUCAUCGUCGUAGUACAUCUGAAAGUACAAAGUUUCCAAAUGAUCUUUAAAAGUCAGUAAAUGAGGAGGUAGAAAGAGCAAAAAACGCGGUUGUUUUGAACUGAAAAUGGUUAGAUAUCAAGCGGUUUAACGGGUUUGCUUUUUGAAAGUCAAAGGUUUUGAAAUGUUACGAAAAACGUCGUAACACGUGAUAGUUAUAGUUAAUAAGUGAUAAAAAACAAAGUCGAUAUAUAAAAGAAAGUAAAAGUCAGCUUUUGAAAGGUUUGUCACUUUCACAUAAAGAUAUAUCUUGAUAGAUAGACGAACAUCAAUCCAGCGAAAAAAAAACUAAAAUAAAUGUAAAAGAACCUGCAAUUAAUAUUCCAGUAAAUAUUUACGUUUACAUUCAGCAAACACGCAAUAUAUGUAAAAAUAACUCUAGUAAAACCAGCCAGAAUGAGUAAUAUAAAGUAGAAGAAAACAAAAAGUAAUUGUCAUAUUUAUAGCAUUUGAGUCGCGAAGAGUGUAGAAGCUUCUGGCAUCGUUUAGAUUAAGGCUGUUUACAACUUGUAAUUUUGAAAAUGGCAUUGUAAAAUGUAGGAUGAUACUCUGACAAUGCUUUUAUAUUAAUAUGAGGGAGAUGUAAAGAUGUAUGUGGGAAGAGAUAUUAGUUGUGAAGGUGCAAACUUAAUCUAUAAAUUGGUUCGGGAAGUAUGAGUCUAAUAAACACGUUUUAUUGGGAAUUAUGGUAAUAGAAAGGAAGUUUUAAAAAAUGAGGGUUGCGAGGUAGUUGUAGGUUUACUGUAUUAGUAAUAGUAUAUAUAUAAAGCUUUCGCUAUAUAAGGUUUUGUGGGGCAGAAAGUAAUAUUCUUAGAAAUGACUACACUUAUAUUGUUAUUAGAAAGCUCGUUAAUUAAACUCUUGAACAAUUUCGUCUACUUAAUUACUGUUAAAGUACUAAAUGAUCUCUAUUUUGGUACAAAAAUAGUCUCAAAGUACUAAGAGUCUACUAUCUUGGUUAUAUAAUUGGUCUAAAAGCACUAGCAAUACUUUUAUAUUAACAUAGGUGUUGGUUGAGAACAAAAAGUACCGUACUCACAAUAUCAAUUGCCUAUUUGUGUAGAACAAACUCCACGUUUAAAUCUAACAAAUGUCACGUAGAAAUGUUGAAAAGAAUUGUUUGAAAAAAUAGAUAAUAAUGAUUAAUUUUGUCAUUUUCAGAUGAGGAAAGAACGCCCGGGGCUUCCAAACUCAAAGUCAUUACCAUCCCAGGAUUUGGAAAUGUGGACAGACAAGCAGCCCUCGGUAUCCUGACAGACUCGUCGGUACAACUAGCUCAGACCAUGAACGAAGUACCAUUGUGGAAGUCCAUGAGGAACUCGGAUCCGCUGAUUCGCAACAGAGAAACAAUGUUUUACAUCAAAGCAGAGUUUAAAAUUGACCCAAAAACGCUGUUUUUGGCUGCAUGGAGGGACAAUGGAAUGUGGAAUCCUCAGGUGAAACACAUUGAGUACUUGGUGAAAAUCGAUGCCAAUACAGACAUUAUACACUUGGAGACACAGCCGGCUCUAGGGGGCUAUAUCGCGGCAAGGUAAGGGAGAAAUGAGGUUUUUAAAGCUUGCUGAUGAAUUAUUAUAAGACUAAAUUUAUACUCUUUAAAGAGCGUGUUAAAAAGAAUAGGGUAUCUAUAAUAUUAAAGGACAUAGAUAACAUACUUUAACCGGAUGUGUAACUAAACAUAUUUGGUAAACACAGAAAAACGGUUGCUUCACAACAAUUAAUAAUGAAAAAUGACAUCAAAGUAAUGAAUAUUGUAAUGAAAAAGCAAAAAUUUUUACAAGAAGCCAUAGAUGUUAAUAUUCUUCAUAUUAAUAUAGAAAGUAUGUGCUAAAAACCAUGGUAAGUCAAAAACAACAAACUUUUAACCAUUACAAACACGAAUAAAACAAUAUGACAAGAUCACAUUGUUAACAACCGUGAAUAAUGAAAAAUGUGAAAAAAGGAACCGGGAAGCAAGAUAAUUUGUUGAUAAUGAGAUUAGCAAGACUUGCAAGAACAUUAGACGAUAAAGUGGAAGUGUAUAAUAAUAAAAAUGUACGUUAAGGUAGUAUUAUGAUAAGUUCAGCAGAAUGAGUUAGAAUUGAUGGGCGGUGUUGUAAGUACAAAAGAAUGUGAUAAUCUACUGAUAAUUCUGAUGAUUUUAAUGGGAAAAAUACAAAAGAUUAAACUACAAGGGAAAGGCGGAAUUUUGAUGAUUACUGUAGUUUCUUUAAUGUAAAACAUACUGUAGGCAACAAAUUAGUUGGAGGUUUUGAGGAUAUAGUCAUUAUUAUGCUUUUUUAACAUUACAUGGUUUUAUAAGUUGUAUUAGGUUUGUUUGUGCCUAUGAACUUAUUUCACGACAAAAUACAAUAAAUUUAACAUUAAUCAAGCUUAAAACAACAACAAAAAAUUAAGUAAUUAUGUGGUUACUGACACGAUAAAAUUAUAAAACCAAAAAGAUAUCAGUUAAGGAUGUUUUGUGAAAGGAAGUUAUGAAAAACAAUGCGUUGGUGGACGCCAAAAGCCAAACAUUGAUAUGUUACAACGCUGUAGACAAAUUAAACAUAAGAAAUGGCAGUUUAAACUUGAAAACAAUUUUACAGCAAAAUUUAUGCGCCUGUUAAUAAAUGUGCUCAAGACAACAUUUAAACUAGCAUUACAUAGUUAGUACAAGCUAGAGACUAUAUAGAGUAAAGUCAAGUACGUUUUUUCUAGUAAGGAGUGCCUCAAGGCUCUUAGAAACUGGGGACAUCCUAAUGUUAUCGUGAACAAUUUUGUAGAGGGACAAUGUAGAAUUUCGAAAAAAAUGGUUAAAAAUGAGUCCUCGUACUGCAGUUCUAGAUACUUAUAUAUUUUUAUCAAAAUAUUUGUUGGUUUUUGUACAAAAUAUGACUAAAACAACAACCAAUAAAUAAAUAACUGAACCGGAAUGUGAUAAGAAGCACGGUAUAAAAAUAUAGUUCUGAGUGGACUUAUAAUACGUAUUUUAUAGUAGUUGAUACGAUGGUAAACGCAGGCUUAAAAUAAAAAUCCAAAAAAGCGAAUGCUAAAAUACUAAAGAAAAGAACUUUUUGAUAUUUUAUCUUUUAGAACUCUCAAUAAUACAGUCAUUAACAAAAUAUUUUCAGACACUUUGUGGACAUUCGCCGCGUCAUCUUCGACCCCGAACUGAACAGCUAUACCUGCGUUUACACUUCGAUCCCAACCCCGCUGAAGCCUGAAGAAGCCGACAAGGGAGUGAGGUGAGUGAUUCAAGCUUUAAUGCAACACAGUUCGGAGGCGAUUAAUUUCGUGUUGAGUAGGCGGUCAAGAAUUCGACUGAUUUAUAAAAGUUGAGUUAAUCACUUGUUUACGUAUAUUGAUUAACAUAAACGAGGGAGGGGGUUAUUGUGGUAAUAAAGGCGGUCGGGGGAAGACUACAACUAUUGGUAAUAGGAAAAAUGUUGAGAGGUGAGGUAUGACUACUUGAUCAAUUGUAAAAUCUUACAAGCUCAUAGUAAGUGAUUGGACGAAUAUUAAAAAUCAAAAAGCACAUUACUACUAAAACUACAGUAAAGAAAAGUACUGUAAAACAUUGAUAUUACUCAAAAUAUGAAAGGAACCACAAUAAAAAGUAAAGUAACGCUUAUAUACCCGCCACAAGCGGGUUUUACGUUUUGAGAACAUCAGUUUGUGAUUUCUACUGUCGAAAGAUCAGUUUUAACCCUGUUAGGCAAGAUCGAAAUAGGUCACAAAACAACGCCGCUGGAGGGGGUUUUAUGUUUAUGUGUUUUGAUAGCUCGGCCAGUGAUAAACCAAAAGUUUAACCAAAAAUUUUGAAAAAAAAAUGUUUUUGUUUUGAGUGUAUAACGGGCUAGGUAACUUAAAACUAAUUUUUGGCAUAAUAUACGCGAAUAUUUGAUGUUAGAGAUACAGAAAAGCUUAACUUUGCUUGUGUAGUAGUCCUGAGAUAAAUUAUAAUAGGCUUAGGUUUCGUUUGAAACUGUAAAAUCAACUUUUUUAACCUAAAAAACCCAUUAGUCACUAGAAUACAAAGCAAAUAUGGUUUUUAACUAGCUUGAUCAGCCAGGUGCGGGUGUUUGUAGGCGGUCUAACUUAUAAAAAUUAUGGUUUCUACAAUAAAGCUGACAUUAAACGUGUAGAGGAAGUGAUUGAUUGAUGAAACGUUUAUUGCAGGAGACUGUAACAUUCUCCAUAAUUACAGAACUACUGCUUGACUAUUGCUGUCAAGUUGCAGCUUUAAACUAAUAGCUUUUUCUGGAUCGAAAAAUGUUGAAAAGGGGGCCAAAUUCUUGAAUGUUAAUGAGAGUUUUGUUAUUGUUAAUAAUAAGAAAAUAGUGAUAUUAUAUCCUUGCUAAUAUAGGAAGUUAGGCUUACCUUAAAACGGCUGAAAGACAUGUAGCACCUUGGGGUUUGUGUUUUAGAUUCGAUAGAGUGAUGGAUGAGCUUCAGAUACAAAAAAUGCUGACGUAGGGGUCUUCGCUGAGUUACCGUAGUAAGAUUCAGUUAGAGAUCAAAACUGUAUUGAGGCUUGUUAGAUUGUAAAAGAAGUAGGUAAUCAUUCAGGCAACAAAUAGCAAUGUCUACAGUUUUCUAUAGGUUAAGGUUAUACGUUUACUGUACACUUCAAGUAUAGGAUACAAGUUUCCGUAGUGCAAAUACUGCUCUAAUAAAUUCAGAAGUUGUACGAACACCUGAUUAUAAAACUAUUGAAUAGCUUAAUAUUUGUUUUUUUUUCUCUGAAUUCAUUCUCGGAAGUUUUUUUGUCUGAACCUAUUUACAUAAUGUUGUAUAGAUAUAUUAUAAUGUUAUAGUACAUUUGUAAAGUUCGAAUCGAAGGAAUUUUGAAGUGAAAUGUUUAAUUCUUGUUUACAACAUGUUAUGUUAAUGUUAGGGUAAAGGUUGAUUUGUCAUUUUGGAAAAGUUCCUGGAUUUUGAUACGGAGUCGUUCUUUGGUGUUUGUAGUAUACCUUUUAUUUUGUUUUCAUCGAUAGUAAAAAGAGUUGUAUACCAGAUGAUUGAAAAUAUAGGUUUUAUUUAUUCGGUCAAUAAAUGAGUGACAGAAUCUAUAGGUAUGAUAGUUAGAAAAGGUCUUUGGUUGCGUUCAUUGAAGAUUUCUACAGACUUUUCGACCUGAAUAAACUUUAAAAUUGUCUUCAAUUUGCAGUAGCUUUAUAAUUUAGCAUAUCGUGUGGUUUUCUCAAUACAAUAACUCGUUGCAUCUCGAAGAAACUUGAAACACGUGAUUCUUUUUUCAACAUUGUCAAGUCAAGAGGUUACAGAACAACUAUUUAAAUGUUUUUGUGGUAUUUAUCAUUAAAGGAUUAUGUUAAAGGAAACGAGAUGAUAACAAGUGAUAAAAGCACGAUUACUACGUGCCUUCCUUAAAUAACUUUUCAAUACGGUAGCGCACUCGGACUGUUGUUGUCUUUAUUGUGGAUGCGGGGGCGUUUUUAAAAAUUAUGCUUUUUGGGGGGGGACUGGUGAGUUUAAAAAAAAUAUUUUUGAAGCUAUAAAUAAAUUAGAAUCAAAAAAGUUUUUAGAAUAUACCUAAAAGCUUAUUAAAAUUAGAAUUAAAAUUUAACUAUUCAGAGGGCACAAUCAUCCAAACUUGAUCAGAAUCACUCCAUCUGCGUUGACUGAAGGCGUGUCGAUAUUCGAAUGGAUCAUGAGCACAGACGUCAAGUGUAACGUGCCGAAAUCGUUGAUGAAACGAGGCACAGUGUCGUUCUUAGCAUCUUAUCCACAGCUUCUGAACAGUUUUAUCGAAGAACGAAGGGAAUUCUAUCAGAACGAAGCCGUCUAA